GUAUAAUAUAUUUCGUUCCGAAAAGGUUUCGCACUAGUCAUGUUCCAACUGAGUGUGUUCGGUUUUCUAAUCACCUUAUUGAAGGCCAGCUACAUUACUGCUCAAAUUUUGCCCUAUAUUGCCUGUCCGAAUCUUUUUCGGUACCUAAAACUCAAUGAUGUGUACAUAGGACAUCUGAAACUUGUUCUGGAUAAGGACUAUGCGGAAAAUGUAGUGCGUGUUGAACUUUCGCAGCCCGGCAGAAGCACACCGGGUAAAACCGGUUCUCUUACCAUCGUUGAGAACGCAGAGUUGCUCAAAGAUCGCUUGCGAAACAAUGAGGCCAUAACCUACCGAAUUGACUUUCCUUCGCCGGAUGUAGUGCCAAAACUUACCAAGGUUACGGUCAAUACAAAUAUUGUGUGCCAAGCUCAGCCGUUUAGAUCACCGAGCACCAGACUAUCUUUGUCGCGUACCUUGCGAGUGAUUGGUUCAUUAGCCCUGCCACGCAAAUGGUCCCAGAACAGUCAAAAGGCAGGACCCUCCCAGAAUCAGGAACGUCCUCAGAGACUACGCCAACAACAGCCUCCACAAGUCCCACGAUUGCUCCCACCCGUGCGAAAUACAGGAUCCGUUCCCCGGACAAUCGGUCAGCUGAGUGGAGUCUGUGGGCGGGAGAAGUCCAUCCACACGCCCUUCAUCCACAACGGAAUCGAGGUGGAGCGGGGUCAGCUGCCCUGGAUGGCGGCCCUCUUCGAGCACGUGGGCAGGGUCUACAACUUUUUGUGCGGAGGAACCCUGAUCUCGGCCAGAACGGUGAUCACGGCGGCCCACUGUUUCCGCCUCGGUAGCCAUAAUUUAUCUAGUGAAAGGACUAUGGUCUCACUGGGUCGGAAUUCGCUUGACAUUUUUACACCCGGACUUAUAAGCGGCGUAUCACUAGUUUUGUUGCACCGGGACUACAAUCCCAACGUUUACACGGAUGCGGAUUUGGCACUGCUCCAAUUGACUAAACAAAUUAAAUUCAAUGACUACGUCAGGCCCAUCUGUUUGUGGAACAAGAACUUUUUGUUGAACCUGCCCUCGGGCUACAAGUCGUACGUGGCUGGUUGGGGGGAGGACAAAAGGGGCAACCCAAACACGCAACUGGCCAGGAUAACGGAUACAGACAUCAUAACCUUCUCCGAGUGCCGGGGGAAUCUGUCCGAGGUGAGUGCUCGCUUCAUCACCUCGCACACGAUCUGCGCCAGCAAUUCCAAAGCAUCGGGACCCUGCAGCGGGGAUUCCGGAGGAGGACUGAUGCUCCAGGAGCGGGAAAGAUGGAUCCUGCGAGGCGUUAUUUCAGGUGGACAGCGAAUGAUCAGACGAUGCAAUCUCAAGCUGCCCGUAAUUUACACGGAUGUGGCCAAGCAUAUCGCCUGGAUACUAAGGAGCAUGUGGUUUUGAGGGUCUCCGAUAAAGUAGCUAAAAUGAGUUUGAAAAUAAACAACAAUUUAGCUUA